AUGUCCGGCCGUGGUAAAGGAGGAAAAGUCAAAGGAAAGGCAAAGAGUCGAUCUAGUCGUGCUGGACUCCAAUUUCCAGUUGGUCGUAUACAUAGAUUGUUGCGAAAAGGCAACUAUGCAGAAAGAGUAGGUGCCGGUGCUCCUGUUUAUUUGGCUGCUGUCAUGGAAUAUUUGGCCGCUGAAGUUUUAGAAUUAGCAGGAAAUGCUGCUAGAGACAACAAGAAAACGAGAAUUAUUCCGAGACAUCUUCAGUUGGCUAUUCGAAACGAUGAAGAAUUAAACAAACUUUUGUCUGGAGUGACGAUUGCUCAAGGUGGUGUAUUGCCCAACAUUCAGGCAGUACUACUUCCAAAGAAAACUGACAGUAAAACAAAGUAA